UUAUUUCAAAUGAAGUGUCUUUUUAUAUCGUAGUGUUCUCAACAAUACUACUACUGCACUUAUCUAAUUAAAUGCUUAAAUCUGUGUGUAAAUAUAUAAUAUUAACUCCCUCCUGUCAUCACAUUGUUCCUUUCAAACCUCAGGCUCAUCCUCGCAGUUCGGUCUCAUGUCCUCUCCCGGCUUCCGUAGACAUUCCUUCGCUGUCAGUUAGUGUGCGGUGACAGACAACCAUCGGUGAGCCACAAAUCCAGCCCCGAGUGGAAACUAUGGAAGAGAUAAACAACAUUGAAGUCGCUCCGUGCACAGAGUCCGACUACCUGAAACCGUUCAGGGUGCACUACAACCAGAAUGGCACAAAGAAAUCCUGGGACUUCAUGCGUACUCAUGACAGUGUAUCAGUGCUGAUCUUCAACACCAGCUCACACUGUUUUGUCCUUGUCAAGCAGUUCCGUCCAGCCGUAUACAUGUGCGAGUGGGAAAGGAACAAGUCGCAGCCGACUCAGUCUGCUGAAAAAACCGAAGAGGGCGCAGCCGAAGCCGCCGCUCCCACCGCCGCCGAGUCUCAGGAGGGCCAGUCGGCCUCGGAGGGGGAGAGCUCUUCUCAGUGGCCCCCGGCGUCAGCGGGUGUCACCUACGAGCUCUGUGCCGGGCUGGUGGACAAACCCGACCUCUCCCUGGAGGAGAUCGCCCGGCAGGAGGUGCUUGAGGAGUGUGGCUACGAUGUGCCUGCCUCUAAACUGAAGAGGAUCACUUCUUACAGGUCAGGCGUUGGCGUAACAGGUGCCAAGCAGACCAUGUUUUACGCCGAGGUGUCUGACGACAACUGCGUGAGCGCAGGCGGAGGUGAGCCACGGGAGGGAGAGCUCAUUGAGGUGGUCAAAGUCCCGCUGCACGAGGCCAUGACGUUUGCCUACGACGAGCGUAUACCCAAAACCAUGGGCGUCAUUUUUAGUUUCAUCUGGUUCCAUAAUAACAUGUCUCCCAAGUACAAGAUCUCCACCAACGUGUAACUAGUAUUAAUUAACCAACUCUAUUUAUACCAUUUAUUCCAAAUUCAAUCAAACACUGGCCCAGCACAUCCACUCCUCCCCUCAUGGCUCUUCAUCCUGUAUUGCCUUUUUGCUUAUUGGUACAUGAUGAAAGGUGGGCGCCUUGUCUCGUUGCCAACAGGUAUCUUUAAGUUUUGUCCUGUUUACCUUUUGAAUUAUAUGUGGUCUUAAUCCUACAAACAAAUUUGCCAUAGCUGGUUGUCACUGGCACUUUUGUCUCUUCUUGAUGAUUUUCUUUUCUUUUUCGUUUAUUGUGCCAUCUGUUAUAAAUGGCUGCAUAUCACUGAUUUCAUUUGCCUGCCCUUGAUUAAAGGAAUACUCCACUGCUUUUGAAUGUUAUCUGCAUUUAAGAAAAAUAAUAUUUUGAAUACGCUUGGCUGGCUGCUCACAGUCAAAUUCCAACUCGUUCCAAUCAUUUCUACAACGCCCAGUAUUCAUUGCAACCAGCCAUGUGGUUAGCCUGGACUUGCUAACAUUUUAGCAUGCUAAUAUUUGCACGGGAGUUCAUGCAGACGUUUCUACUUGCCUGACAACGUGUGCCACAGGAUUUUUGGCAUCCGAUACGACAAUACACUUUUUCUACUGCUCAUCACUUCAACCAUUAAAGAUAUAGAGAUACAGUUAAAGAACAAAACAGUGGAGUAAUCCUUUAAGCCAUGAUCCAGUAAUGCAAAAACUAUGCUAGUCAAUGGUGGGGCCUUGUAACGAUCGAGAUGUGUUUUAACCACCACUUGUUCAAGCAUGCCUCAAUUAAUUUCUCUGACCCACAGCCUUUAAAGCAAUACUUAUCAUAUUAACCCCAGGCUAAACAAUCACUCACUGGAAUCAACUCUCACUCCGCUAGAUAAUCUUCAUUAAAGUCAAACCAGUCGAUACAUUAGUAGACUUCUCAUUCAACAAUAAAAGUAGAAAAACGCGAAUUAGGUACUAUGUCACUUCACAGAAAAAUAAGACACCAGCCACUGCACAGAGGGCCUGAUUUUGGUUUUAAGUGUGUUGUUGUUCUCAAGCACAAUCCUGCAGUGAGUUUGUCAGUGACUGAAAUCCAUUUGAUAUGGAGAGUAGUUUUCAUUUUGUUUUAAAUCUUCUUUGUAGAGACAAACGGGAGAGAAAAAAACAAAUAGGAGAGAAGACAGUAUUAAAGGCUAAAUAAUUAAAUGAACAUGAUAACACACAUGUUAAAGUUACAUUGUGAACACAUUAAUGCAGGUUUAGGAGCAUAUUUAAAAAACUUAAAUCAUCUGAAAAAAAGAUUGCCUUCGAUCAUAAUUCAUUUUGGAGGUUCUGUGUCGUAAAAACUUUAAACUCAUAAACACACAAACCUAAUCUCACAAAGUGAAUCUCAACAGCAGUUUGCCAAAAUCUCAGGUCCAAAUAGUCAAACUGUUGGCCAAAUUCAGAGUGGAUCUCUGGAUGUGAUGACGACCAGCAUGUUAUUAUUAUAUUUCAAAAUCACUUGCAGCUUAAAAUCAACAAAGUUCUUACUGUUCUUAAAAUAGUGUAGUAUUUUUUUCAUUAUAAAGGGCUGGUACUUCAUUUACUAAUUAAUAUGUGAAAAGGAAGAUAUUCCCCUACCUUAUAGUUUUCUUGAAAAUAUGCAAGACCCGCAGCAAGUAUAAUGCUGUUUUUAGAAAAUUACCACUCACUUAAAACAAACAACACAUCUCAUUAUACAUUAAGGGAACUACACUGCAGAUUUUCAGCUACGCAAGCCUGAGAGUUCAGCUCGUCCUCUUGACUUCUCCUGGAGAGUAUUGCAGUUUUAAGAUAUAUGUGUAGUGAAAUUUCAGUUUAAAAAGACCGUCCAGCAUAAGUUUGUGGGGUCUUUUUGACUACUAUGAAAAAGUUCUGUAUUAUUUGUGAGUUUUAAGUGCAGUCUCCACUUUGAACAAACUCAGAUGUUGAAAUCAUGAAAAAAUAAAAAGAACAAACUCUAUUCCCCCAUAAAACAACUUAUCAUUUAUGUAUUUGACUUUAGUUGAGGUUAGUACGAGCAUCAGUCCUGGAUUUAUUUUUAUUCUUUAAGGUUUAAGGAGCUAGAAGAAUAACUGACAAUCAAAUGUCAACAUUUGUCUUCUUUUGUCCAUAAAACCUUGUGUUUUUUGGUCUUUUAGGUUUAUGUCCUUGUUUUUAAUGUCCUCAUACUGAAUCUUACAGCAGUUCUCAGAAGCCCCUUUUCCACCAACAUGGAACCAGUUCUGUUCUGGAGUAUUUUGACCAAAAUUGGAUCAGUUUGGAACCAGAAAAGUUGGUUCCCAGCUGGAUAAAGCUGCAACGAUAACUUGAUUAAUCAAUUGAAAGAAAAGUAGCUGCAAACAAAAAUAACAACAUUUGCUGGUUUUAGCUUUUUAUAUGUCAGGAUGUACUACUUUUCUUGUCAUAUACUAUAGUAAAUGAUGAGUCUUUCGGUUUUAGACGGUUUGAUAGACUACAUGAUUAAUCGUUGUAAUAUAAUCAGUGGAUUAAUCAAUGAUUGAUGCAGCCCUACAGCUGCGACCAAAAAAGAGUUUUUCCUCAACGCAAAGUGUGAACAUGUCAAGUGUACAGUUUGUUGUGCAUUAAGCGACACCCUCUGAUGGUGACACAUACUUGAUUACCAUCAUUCUGCUCAAAACAGUUGGAUAUGCAGGCUGGCUCUCAAGAUGGCACCAAGGUUCUAAAAAUCUUGAGCAGUAUCAGUUCAGGAACCAGAGCUAUUUUGGUGGAAAAGGGGUCUCAGAAAAGACAUAAUUCGUAUCUGCACAAACAAACCAAGUCAAGAGAAUUUUAAUCAACCAGACUAGAUAUCUUUGGUUUCACACACAGAGUCAAAUAUGUGUGGAGUGAUUUCCACCCAGACUGUAUUGUAAUAUAUGCAGAACCUUUAAGCCAUAUUGAUCUCCCUCUAUGCCCAAUCAUGGAGCUACUUUGUUCAAAGAUCAUUCCCUGAUGUAGGAUUGUAUAGUUUGCUGGAACUGCUUGAAUUAUACCGAUUUUUGUUUUGAAAGAUAAAUCAAGUUUGCUAAAUUGACUGAUGUUCUCUCAAAGGAGCAACCGAACCUGAUUAAUAACACAUUAGAUCAGAUUCUCUCUCUUGCGUUGUUGCUACGAAGCGUACAUCUGGAUGCAACAUUUCACAUGCGUACAGGAUGUGUCUAAAGAUACAGUCCUAGUUUAAUAUCAAGACACUUUGGAGAAACUGUGAAAAUGCACCUUUGGAAAACCUUGAAAUGACCACCAGACAAUGAGACAUGUAGAGUAAACUGACAGCACAAACAGGUCUUUUAAAAGAUAUAUUUUCGACUAAUUACUAUAUCAGAAAGUCAUUUAUUUGGCACCUUAUCCUCAUCAGAUCAGUGGCCUCAUUCCCUCCCUAUAUCCUCCACUUCCAGCCUUGUGCCAAUCUUGAGCUUUCAGUUGAAUAAAAUCCAAAUACAUCUCAACUCUUGAGAGAAGUUUAUUGGAGAACCUCUCAGAAAGAUAACCAGUGGUGUUCACAGUUUUCCACCGUCUUGUUCUUAUCUAGCAUGAGAAGAACCCAUCAUAAGAAAUAAUGAGGGUCACUUUUGUUUUGGAAGGACGUAUUGGAGAAUAAUUAGCCAUAAUCAUUCCAAAGCUGAUGGAAGAAGAAAUUCCUCUGUAAUCAACACAAAUCUCAGUUUGAUGAAAUGAGGCCGACUGCUUCUGAUUUGGCUCGACGUAAAAUGUGACAAAAUGAAGCUAUUUUAACUUUGAAGGUCAGUCUGUAACUUUAUGUGUCUGUCAAAUGUGGAGAACUGCUACGUGACUUCUCUUUUGGCAAUUUUUUUUUUUCUUUUGAGGGAAGUUGUUAUUAAAACACGAGGCUUUUCUUUGCCUUUUUGAUAGGCUUGUCAUUGUGGGUGGCAUGAGCCAGCAAGCCAACGCCAGUGCAUAUUUCUCCACACGUUUCCUCCAACUGUUAUCUGAGAUUGGAGCUCGUUUUGUGAACAUCACCGAGGGCGAACGGUUGCCUUAAUGACUGACACAUUGAAAACAAAAAUGACAUUUAUAGAAACAGAUAGCAGCUGCAAGUGGGAGGGAACAACUCUUAACAUCUAACCAUGCUGUGAGUUGAACCCAAUUGUUACAGAGAAUUUGGUUGCCAAAAGAAACUCAAGCACUUCAGGUUCAGCUGGUUCAGCCUGCGUCUCCAUAUGAGCGUUAAGUAAAUGAUGGAAGUUUUUAUUUGAGGUCUGUUUAUGUUUGUUCAGCCUGCGGAGUCAAAACUCAAAGUCAACAUGUUGAUCUAUUAUCGGACCCGUAGUCUAUUUUAUUCUCGGUUAUUUUAGGGGUUUCCAAACAUUGUAUGCCAAGGACCCACACAAAAGACCCACAUCAGACUGUAGACCAACAGUUUGAGAGGAUAACUUCGUCUCUCAGAAUCUUAUUAUUUUUCAGUUUGAAGACUGUAAAAAGAAAAAUAGUCUUCAUAGUCAGUCAUUGAUCACAUUUGGAUCACUAUACAUAACAAUCAGUCAAAACAGCCAACCGUGUUUCUCCCCUUCCUACUUCCAAAUGUGAUAAAAGUUAUAAUACUGUAAUUCUCAUUUUACUAGGGGACCCCAACAGCCCACUCAAGGACCCCAGACAGCAACUGUUAUAAGCUAUUCAUAAGUAAUGGAUACGUUUUAUAAUGGUGUUUCGUUUCAAUUUCAUGUGUGUUUUUUCUUUGUGUAAAUUGCUCAAAUCUGAGUUUGAAGCCAAACAUAGUGUUGACUUUACUCUGAAGGAAGCCAUAUAACAGUAAGGAACACUGGUGAUUGUUCUUUAGUGCUCUUGGAGGGACUUAAGGGAGAGGUUUGACAUUUCGGAAGAUGUGGAAUAUUUCCUUUUUUUCCUGAGAGUUAGCCAAGAAAAUAGACUCCUAACUCUUGUGUCUGUAUGCUAAAUAUAAAGCAACAAUCAGCAACUGGCUUACUUAGCUUAGCAUGACGACUCAAAACACGAAGAGGUUAACAAAAUAUACCUACCAGCAUCUCUAAAGCUCACCAACUAACAAGUUUAUCCUGUUUUUUUUUAAUAACUCCAUCAAUUGAAGUGUACAAACAUAAAAAGUUUUUCAGGGUGUUCAUAUCUAUUUCUUGGUCAGGACCAGGAACCUCCUGGAUCAUGGCCCGGUUGCCAUUGAAACUGCUCCUGGCCAAAAACGCCCAGUGAAAGAUAACAUUCUUCCUUUACACUUUGGUUUUUGUACUGAGUAAACAAACAAAACAUAGGGUGCUAAUGUGAGCUUUAUAUUUGGCUAGCAGUUUUCCUCUGUUUGCAGUCUUUGUGCUAAGCUAAGCUAACUAGUUGUAGGCUGUAACUCCAUAUUUACUGUAGAAUCUUCCCAUUUAACUUAAUGUAGUAAAUCAGCAUAUUUCCCAAAAUCUCAAACUUUUCCUUUAAGUGACCCACCGCGACAAGCCUGAUCUGCCGUUCUACGACGAAAGUAAACACACAGUGACAGUCCAGAGUGAGGUUGCAGACUGUGCCACUGGUAAGCCAUAUGCUUCUUCUAAUAAGAAUAACAAAUAUUUGAGGUAAGUAAAUGGUAUAAUUCACACUUGCCUAUGCUGGAUAUUAACCAUUAGCCCGGCAUUGGACAUUUCUACCUCCAUCACUCAGGCACAUGAAGAAAAUAUAUUGUGUCCAUUUGCUUUCUUCUGAGACGCUGACAUAUCAAAUUCUCAGCAAACAUGUCAGAAAAGUCAAAACUCAGUGGUCCUCUGGGACAGAAUACUUAAUUCAUCAGUACCAGACUUUUAUAGAUGUACCCCCAUGGCUAUGCUGUAGUUACUUCUUCAACUGUGAUUGUUUUUUUGUUUUUCUUCUGUUUGUGCACUGUUUGACAAUUUCUUACUGUAAAUUAAAAUGAUCAUGAGCUGAGCAACAGUUAAUCAUGAACAUGUUUUUAAAGGUGCUAUGUGUAGUAUUCUCUAAUUAAAGGUGUGUUACUGUUAAAAUUAUAACUUCGACCACGGAUGUGACAGUUCAAACAUUACCUCUGGUGAUUUGCUCAAUAUUCAUGUGUUUCAUUAAACAUUUAGUGAUUCUUGAUUUGCUCACGAGUCCUGGAAACAGGACUUUUGAUUUUGGAGAAGUCGGUCACUUUUGCUUCUUUAUUGGCAGCUGCUGCUGGCUGAAUCUUCAGAAGCAAAAGGUGGGGAAAUAAUCAGACUUGCUUCUGUUAAGCCUUUCAUUGUGACGAUAAUGUGUAGCACAUAUGUUAUUCUAUUAGUAGUGAGAUAUUUAGUGAAGAUCCUACACAUAAUACCUUUAAGUGGAAGAAGUAUUAGAAUUUUUCUCAUGGUAAAGACAUAAAAGAAAUUUGUCCAAUUGUGAUUUUUUUUUUCUUCUGGUGUCUUACACUGAAUUUUUGUUUUAAAAAAAAGUUUUCUGGGAAAAAAGAAAAGUGCAAACAUGAACAUUGCAGUUUUACGAACUUAUCAUGUAUUUUAUGCUUUAUUAUAAAAGUGUAUACUCAUUGUGGGCAGUGUUUUAAUUAAUGUUUCAAUUUUGUUAAUUUAUUACCUAAAUGUUAAAAUAUUUAACUUUUAAAAUAUGACACUUGGUACAAACAUACAAUAUAUAUUUAAAUAUGAUACUUUGCAUGUGCACUAACUGUGUUGAAUUAAACUGCAUUAAGUUGAAAUAAAAUGGGUUUGAUGCCCAAAAUGUCA